GGGGAGGAGAGGAACCUGGCCAGCAUCAUGGAGAAGCUGUUUGUGUUGGUCUUUGCUCUCACCCUGCUGGUCUUCUCCUCAGAGGCCUCCCCGAUUGUGACAGAAAAGCAAGCCAAGCAGCUCCUGAGGUCCCGGCGACAGGACAGGCCCAGCAAACCUGGAUUCCCUGACGAGCCCAUGCGGGAGUAUGUGCACCACCUGAUGGCCCUGGAGCACCGCGCCGAGGAGCUGUUUCUGGAACACUGGCUGAAUCCCCACUGCAAGCCUCAUUGCGACAGGGACCUGGUCCACCCUGUGUAAGGAACUGGAGCCGGCUUGCAGGUUUCUAGGCAGUGAUCCGGAGGCUGCUGGGACAGAGAGAAGCUCGUCUUCCAUUUGAUCUGGAACUGCAGAAAUGAGGCCAUUUGACCUCAGGAACUUGCGGCCCUUUGUGGGAAGGCCAGAAGUGGCCUUCAGAGGGAAUGACAAAUAUAUAUUCUGCUCCGUUUUACUAACCUGCCCACAUCGUGAAAACUAACAGCUUGAAUCACAGGGCCCUGAGAGCCCUCCUACCAGUUUGCAAGUAGGCGGAGCCCCAGUCCUCCGGAGAGGGAUGGAGCUGGGGGCUGCGGAACAGGCCUGGGGCGGGGUUGUCUGCACCGUGGGCUCUUUUGCUCAGACUGGGGAAGUGCAUCACCAAGAGCUGCUGAGUUUCGGGUUCUCUGCUUUUUCAUUUCUCUGCUGCACUAAUAAAGGCUGGCGUCUAAUCUUCCUGUGUGACUCUUUUCCCACUAGGGGAGUACUGGGGAUUUCCUGCCAUAUUCACCUUUGUAAGCCCAGUUCCAAAUAGUGCGCCACUAUUUUUUAAAGGCUUAUUUAAUCUUAGUUUAUAUGUGUGAG